CAAACAAACAAAACCAAAAAACAAAACCAAAACAAAACCAACCAAACACAAUGCGGGGCCCAUAAAUCUGCAUCAUUGAAUAUCCUUGCCGCCGUUGAUGACCUGCUCUCUGCUCCUGUCCCUUCCUUGGCCUGCUGUGAUUGGUGGCUCCAUUGCUUGGCUUGGGCUGUGUUGUGUGGACGGAGCAGUUCACCCAAAUAUGGCCUUCUUGCUGACAGGUAUCAUUUCUGUGAGAAGUGCUUCAACGAAAUCCAAGGGGAGAGCGUUUCUCUGGGAGAUGACCCUUCACAACCUCAAACCACGAUAAACAAAGAACAGUUUUCGAAAAGGAAAAAUGAUACACUGGACCCUGAACUGUUUGUUGAAUGUAUAGAGUGUGGAAGAAAAAUGCACCAGAUCUGUGUCCUUCAUAAUGAGAUAAUCUGGCCUUCGGGCUUUGUCUGUGAUGGCUGCCUAAAGAAAACAGGACGAACCAGGAAAGAGAACAAAUUCUCUGCUAAAAGGUUACCGGCUACAAGACUCGGUACCUUCUUGGAGAACAGAGUCAAUGAUUUCCUAAGGCGACAGAAUCACCCGGAGGCAGGAGAGGUUACAGUUAGGGUGGUACAUGCAUCUGACAAAACUGUCGAAGUGAAGCCAGGAAUGAAAGCAAGAUUUGUAGACAGUGGAGAGAUGGCUGAGUCUUUCCCUUAUCGAACAAAAGCGCUUUUUGCCUUCGAGGAGAUUGAUGGUGUAGACUUGUGCUUCUUUGGGAUGCAUGUGCAGGAAUACGGCUCAGACUGUCCACCACCCAAUCAAAGGCGAGUGUACAUAUCUUACCUCGACAGUGUUCAUUUCUUCCGCCCUAAAUGCUUGAGGACUGCUGUCUAUCAUGAAAUACUAAUUGGAUAUCUAGAAUAUGUCAAGAAAUUAGGGUAUACUACUGGACAUAUCUGGGCAUGCCCACCAAGUGAAGGCGAUGACUACAUUUUCCAUUGCCAUCCUCCUGACCAAAAGAUACCCAAACCCAAACGACUGCAAGAGUGGUACAAGAAGAUGUUGGACAAGUCUGUGUCAGAGCGCAUUGUCCAUGAUUACAAGGAUAUUUUUAAGCAGGCAACAGAAGACCGUUUAACAAGUGCAAAAGAGCUACCUUACUUUGAAGGGGAUUUUUGGCCGAAUGUUCUAGAGGAGAGUAUUAAGGAACUCGAGCAAGAGGAAGAAGAACGGAAGAGAGAAGAGAACACUAGUAAUGAAAGCACGGAUGUGAGCAAGGGAGACAGCAAAAAUGCCAAAAAGAAGAACAAUAAGAAGACAAGUAAGAACAAGAGCAGUUUGAGUCGUGGCAAUAAGAAGAAACCUGGCAUGCCCAAUGUGUCCAAUGACCUCUCCCAAAAGCUGUAUGCCACUAUGGAGAAACACAAGGAGGUCUUUUUUGUCAUCCGUCUCAUUGCUGGCCCUGCAGCCAACUCCCUGCCUGCCAUCGUUGAGCCUGACCCACUCAUUCCAUGCGACCUGAUGGACGGGCGCGAUGCUUUCCUAACCCUUGCUAGAGACAAGCACCUGGAGUUCUCCUCACUACGAAGGGCUCAGUGGUCGACCAUGUGCAUGCUGGUGGAGCUGCAUACGCAGAGCCAAGACCGCUUUGUUUACACCUGCAAUGAGUGCAAGCAUCAUGUGGAGACCAGAUGGCACUGCACUGUUUGUGAGGAUUAUGACCUGUGCAUCACCUGCUAUAACACUAAGAAUCAUGACCACAAGAUGGAGAAGUUAGGCCUUGGUCUAGAUGACGAGAGCAACAACCAGCAGACUGCAACCACCCAGAGCCCCGGUGAUUCGCGUCGCCUGAGCAUCCAGCGCUGUAUCCAGUCUCUGGUCCACGCCUGCCAGUGCCGCAAUGCCAACUGCUCACUGCCGUCCUGCCAGAAAAUGAAACGGGUUGUCCAGCACACCAAAGGCUGCAAACGCAAAACCAAUGGAGGGUGCCCCAUCUGCAAGCAACUCAUUGCUCUCUGCUGCUACCACGCAAAGCACUGCCAAGAGAACAAGUGCCCGGUGCCCUUCUGCCUCAACAUCAAACACAAGCUGCGGCAGCAGCAGCUUCAGCACCGCUUGCAACAGGCACAGAUGCUCCGAAGGAGGAUGGCGAGCAUGCAGCGGACCGGUGUGGUAGGUCAGCAGCAGGGAUUGCCCUCGCCGACACCAGCCACCCCAACGACUCCGACAGGCCAGCAGCCCCCGACGCCACAAACCCCGCAGCCCCAGCCUCCGCCACAGCCUGCCUCGCAGCCUCAGCCCGCGCCUCCCAACAGUAUGCCGCCCUACACCAUGCCAAGAACUCAGCCCCCCAGCGCUGUGUCCCAGGGCAAGGCAGGUGGCCAGGUGACUCCUCCAACUCCACCCCAGCCACCUCAACCGCCAGUUCAAGGGCCUCCUCCAGCAGCAGUGGAAAUGGCCAUGCAGAUCCAGCGGGCGGCGGAGACCCAGCGGCAGAUGGCCCAGGUUCAGAUUUUCCAAAGGCCAAUUCAACACCAGAUGCCCCAGAUGCCACCGAUGGGAAUGAACCCUCCGCAGAUAGCCAGAGGUCCCGGUGGCCAUAUAGAUCAAGGCAUGGGGCCGGCAGGAAUCCAGCAGCAGCCACCGUGGGUGCAGGGGGGCUUACCCCAAGCUCAGCUGCAGCCAGGAAUGCAGAGGCCAUCCAUGAUGUCAGUGGCCCAGCCGGGUCAGCCGAUGAAUAUGGCGCCUCAGCCAGGGAUGGGUCAGGUACCUGGCGCCGCUCAGCCCAAACAACCACCUCUGCCCCAGGCAGCCUUACAAAACCUCCUGCGGACUCUCAGGUCUCCCAGCUCACCCAUGCAGCAGCAGCAGGUGCUUAACAUCCUUCACUCCAACCCUCAGCUGCUGGCCGCUUUCAUCAAGCAGCGGGCUGCCAAGUACGCGGGCUCCCAGAACCCCCAGGGGAUGCCGGGUCAGCCCGGCAUGCCCCAGGGUCAGCCGGGGCUCCAGCCGCAACAGGCCAUGCAAGGGCAGCAGGCGGGGGUGCACCCCAACGCAGCCAUGCAGAACAUGAACCCCAUGCAAGCGGGAGUGCAGAGGCCCAGCAUGCCGCAGCAGCAGCCGCAGCAGCAGCCGCAGCAGGCCAUGGCCGGGAUGAAUCCUCAGGCGCAGCAGAUGAACAUGAAUCACUCGGGGAUGGCUCCGCAGUUCCGAGACCUCCUGAUGAGGCGGCACCAGAUGAUCGAGCAGCAGCGCCAGCAGCAGCAGCAAGGAGCGGGACCCGCGCUGGGGCCGGGGAUGGCCAACCACAACCAGUUCCAGCAGCCACAGGGCGUCGGGUAUCCCCAGCAGCAGCAACAGCAGCAGCAACAGCAGCGGAUGCAGCACCACAUGCAGCAGAUGCAGCAAGGAAACAUGGGACAGAUAAGCCAGCUCCCCCAGGCGAUGAGUGCAGAGACAGGAGCCAGUUUGCAGCAGGCUUUCCAGCAGAGGCUGCUUCAGCAGCAGAUGGGGUCCCCAGCUCAGCCCAAUCCUAUGAGCCCCCAACAGCACAUGCUCCCCAACCAGGCCCAGUCCCCACACCUCCAGGGCCAGCAGCUCCCUUCAUCGCUCACCAACCAAGUGCGUUCUCCGCAGCCUGUACCCUCGCCGCGGCCCCAGUCCCAGCCCCCCCAUUCCAGCCCGUCCCCCCGGAUGCAACCUCAGCCUUCUCCACACCACGUCUCCCCGCAGACCAGCUCCCCACAUCCAGGACUGGUAGCUGCCCAGGCUAACCCCAUGGAUCAAGGGCACUUUGCCAGCCCGGACCAGAGUGCAAUGCUUUCCCAGCUUGCUAGCAAUCCCGGCAUGGCAGGCCUCCAUGGUACAAGCGCCACGGAACUGGGGCUCAGCUCCGAGAACUCAGACUUGAAUUCAAACCUUUCACAGAGUACACUAGACAUACACUAGACACGUUGUAGCAUUUUGGGAGCAAAAAAAGAAAAAAAAGAAAAAAGAAAAAAAAACUUAUUUUCUCAAGACUUUUUGUACUGAAGACAAAUUUUUUUGAAUCUUUCUUAGCUAAAACAACAUUUUUCCCUGGACACAUCUGAACUCUGCAGCAGUAGUUUGUGGUUUUAAAAACAAACCAACAACGAACCUGAGGGACAGUAGAGUAUAAAGAAUAUAUUUUUGUUAUGGCUGGAAUCAUAACCAGUCCUUUUUCUUGUUUUUUUUUUUUUUCCUCGUGUGCGUUGGGGAGGUCAGGGGAAGAGGGUGAUCUUUUGGCUGUUCACCAAAGGACACCCUACUCAUGCCUCCAAUAGGUUUUAUUUUUUUUUAAAUUAAUGAAAAUAUGUAAUAUUGAUAGUUAUUAUUUACUGAGGCAGAUGGUAAACAUUUUCCCUAUUCUGGUUUUUCUUCAUGUCACUGCAAAAAACAACAACAACAACACUUUAAAAAAAAAGACAACACAGGAGACACUUUUCCUAAAACCGGAGGACAAAAGGGGUUAAUGUUGCUUUAAAAAUACAUUACAUAUAUAAAUAUAUAUAUAUUAAAGUAAAUACCAAUCUUUUCCUCUUUGGUUGGAAAUAUGUCAAUUCUUUGAAAAAUGUAAAAAUAUUAAAUAACUCAGUCCCCUCCUGAAGUCUACUUUUGUCCUCCAAGAAUUUUCUAUACAAGAGUCUGAGCUUAAAAAAACUUCAAGUAUUAAAAUAAUUUGUACAUGUAGAGAGAAAACAACAUUUUUGCAAAUACACAGGGGCAGCUGCCAAAUGGAUGUAGUAUAUAUAUUGUGGUUUCUGUUUUCUUGAAAGAAUUUUUUCGUUAUUUUUACAUCUAACAAAGGAAAAAAAAAUAAAAAAGAGGGUAAGAAACAAUUCCAAUGGGAUGAUUUUAACCUGAGAAAGUCCCUGGGGUUUCUUCUUUAUGCUUGCUUUCUCUCUCCCAUGCCCUUUUCCCACCCUCUUCCACCUUCUGUAAAACUUGAAAAUAGAAAGCAAAAAACCCUCAGCUGUUGUAAAUCAUGCAAUUAAAGUUGAUUACUUAUAAAUACGAACUUUCGAUCACUGUAUAGACUGUUAAAAAUUGAUUUCUUAUUACCUAUUGUUAAAUAAACUGUGUGAGACAGAAA